AUGCGACUGCUUCCUGACGUACAGCGCAACCUCCUGCUCGAACAGAUAUGCUCUUAUGUCGGCUCGAACUCGGAUUUUCUGCUUCCCGACUGCGGAGUCCAUAUCCAAGUCAUUCCGGGUGUCACCGAGGGAUUGUACGGAUGGGUCGCCACAAACUACCUUCUGGGAAGUUUUGAUUCCCCGGGCACGCACGAUCACGGCAAGGGUCACCAUACGUACGGCUUUCUGGACAUGGGUGGUGCUUCUGCGCAGAUCGCGUUUGCCCCAAACGCGACCGAAAGCGAAAAACAUGCGAAUGAUUUGACACUCUUACGGCUGCGCAAUGUCGAUGGAUCAACCCAGGAACACAGGGUCUUUGUCACCUCAUGGCUCGAAUUCGGCGUUCACGAGGCGCGCAGGCGCUAUCUGGAGUCAUUGCAAGCGGCCAGCGCUAUUGGAGACGUCAAGGAGCUUCCUGACCCGUGUCUGCCGUCUGGAUUGCGCACCACGAUCGAUGGCAAGCUUCUCGCGGCGGAUGACAUUGACGGAAUGCAUCUGCUGGGAACUGGCAAGUUCGAUGAGUGUCUGCGACAAACAUACCCGUUACUGGACAAAGACGCGCCUUGCCCCGACCAACCCUGUCUUCUGCACGGGAUGCAUGUUCCGGCUAUCGACUUCGACGUCAACCAUUUUGUCGGCAUCAGCGAGUACUGGCACACGACUCACGAGGCGUUCGAAAUGGGUCACAAGGACAAGGCCUACGACUUUGCCACCUACCAGGAGCGUGUGCGAUCGUUCUGUUCGCAAGACUGGGCGACCGUAGAAAACGGUCUCGAAGCCCACCAAUGGGGAAAGAAGUUCGAUCGGGAAUCGGCCUCGGAGAUUUGCUUCAAGGCCUCCUGGAUCAUGAACGUGUUGCAUGAUGGUAUUGGGAUUCCGCGCGUAGGACUAGAGGACAUUGCGGGCUCGGGUCAUAACGGAACCAAGGAGAUGCUGUCCCACGGCCAAAGCAAAGGCUAUCUGGACUCCUUCCAGGCCGUGAACAAGAUCGACUCUACCGAAGUCAGUUGGACCCUGGGCAAGAUGGUACUCUAUGCCUCGUCUCAGGUUCCCUUGGAAACAGAAGAAGCACUUCCUGUCGGCUUUGGCAGCAAUGUUGCCGGCGUUCCGAGCGAUUUCCAGUACCCCAGCGUGGAGCUGCUGCCCAGUCCCGAAGGCAUCCAUGGCACAACGUGGCAUGAUGCGCUCCUCGAAGGGAGCUCGUCCCGCAGAGCCCCGGGCUUUGUCUUGUUUCUUCUCAUCGUAAUAUUGGUGGCCUUCUUCCUUUGUGGACGAGGCCGUCGUCUGAAAGUCUACCACAAGAUCAAGAACAUCUUUGGUUGGGGUGGUCCGUCUCAUCCGAACUACCCGAAGCGGAGGAGGAUGUUUGGUGGCAAGCUCCCGUUCUUUGGUCCUAGAAGCCCUACUUAUGAGCGCGUUCUUGAGGAAGGCGCUCAGGAAUUCGAUCUCGGUGCGAGCGGAUCCAGCCGCAGCUCGUUUGACGGGGGACGUCCGUCUGAAGCCGAUGCCGCCAGGUUUACGGCCCCUAAGCGGGCCUCCAGCUGGGGCAGUGGUAACACUACGCCCACCUUCAAAUAUGCAUUAGACAAUUCCUCAUCCGGGACUAUUGGCCUCGGAAUCUCGGCUGGGUCAGGAGCCAACGCGAUGGAUCGACAUGGGCUGGUCGUGAGGACCGAGAGCAGGGAUCAUCUGGCACCUUUGGCAUUGGGGCCGACAACCAAUGGACGCCGCUCCCGAGCAGGCAGUCCGUCGAGAUCCCAUCCCAAGUCACCACUUAUGACCCCUCUAGCAGACGACUAA